AUGAGGCACAGAGACCCGGAGAAGGAGGAGGAGGCCUGCGGCGUGUGGCUGGACGCCGCGGCGCUGAAGAGGCGGAAAGCGCAGACACAUUUAAUCAAGUCAAGCACCAAAAUGUUAACACUCCUUCCUGGAGAGAGAAAAGCUAAAAUUUCUUUUACUCAAAGAAGCUGUCCAUCUGCAGGCACUCGGCAGACCAGCAUUGCUUCCUUUCUCUCCUUGCAGCCAGGAAAGACAAACGGUGCUGACCAGAGGAGUGUUUCAUCUCAUACAGAAAGUUGGACCAACAAAGAGUCUAAGGAAGACGCAGCCCAGCUGGAACAUCUGACCCAGGGCUUGCAGGAUGACUUCACAGCACCCCCUUUAGCCACUUCAACCCCUGCAGACGUCCAGGAAGCUAGACUUUCUCCUCAGUCUCUGAAGGCUUCUUGCCACCAUGGAAUAGGAACCCCAUACUUGACUGUGCCGUCUUUGUUCCGGCCUGAUACCUCAGUCUGUGCUGGAGAGAGUAAGGCCUCACUGGCUUGCUCCUUCACCCAAGACCUGGAGAGUUCUUGCUUGCUGGACCAAAAAGAGGGAGAGGAUUCUUCCUGUGAAAGGGAAUGGCUUCAUGGAUCUAAGAAAAAUAAUUAUCAGAGUGUGGAGAGACACAGUAAAACAACUGGGCACAAGGGCCAUCAGCUCUUGGAUAAGACUAACUGGGAAAAUGUGUCUGCCAAAAGCAACAGGCAGGCCCCUGUCCUUCAAACAUACAAGGAUUCCCAGCACAGAGCAAACACGAAAGCAGUGAAACAAAGCUCUUGCCCUAUUCCUGAGUUUUCCUGGGACAGUGAAAGGAAUGACAAGGACUCCUGGAGUCAGCUUUUCACCGAGGAUUCUCAGGGCCAGCGGGUCAUUGCCCACAACUCUAGAGCUCCUUUCCGAGAUGUAACCAAUGACCAAAAUCAGGGCUAUGGGCAGGUUCCUAAUAGCCUUUGGGCUCAGUGCCAGGACAGGACCACCCAGUUCAAUCUGCAGCCUGAUUUGCUGUUUACCCAGGACUCUGAAGGUAAUCAAGUUAUCAGGCACCAAGCCUAA